GCAAAUAACUUAAUCAAAGUGCGUAGCGAUACCAUAAGUGGCGGUCCUACGAUCGAUAGAGACCCUUUAACGUUCAGUCUCUCCCCGAAGCUCGUCGUGUUUAGUGAUAUCUAUCUUUAAGUCCUUUAUCGGUAGAUGGGAAUAUAGUUCGGAGUAGAGAUUUAAUGUCUUAUGGGUAAAAAGUAUAUGGGAUAAAUAAAAUUGUCAACAUCUUCAUCUCAGAUUUAACAAAUUAAAAAGAGAGGAUAUUUAUUGUAAUUUAUAGCAAUUAAUUUGUGGAGAAUAAUUUAUGAUCCAUAGAAGAAAAUUAAAUAUUUAUUUUGAUUUGGGAUGUUUAAAUUUUGUUGUUAAAUUUGUUGAAACUGUGAGGAAUGAGUGCAAAUGACUAAAAGGAGAAAAAUGGCGUUGGACAAGGAACGAGUGCCGCCGACGUCACGCCACGUGUUGGGAAGCGAAGAGGAGAAAUUAGAAACGAAGAAUGGUAGAAUAGCGGUGACGGAUGACUUUUUGGCAGCCGACGAGAGUUAUCGCAGCAGUAAAACUGAAUACGUUCCGCGGAUCACGUGGCCGGACUUGAUCGCGCAGAUCUUCAUUCAUGCCGGCUGUGUUUAUGGACUGUAUCUCAUCUUUGUGGAGGCGAAGCUUCUGACUACAGUUUGGGCAUUCGUGAUCGUGUACACUUCCGGUUUCGGCGUGACAGCGGGAGCACACAGACUGUGGUCCCACAGGGCGUACAAAGCAAAAUGGCCCCUGCGACUGCUUCUGGUUUUCCUUUUUACUAUAACGGGACAGAGACACGUGUACGCGUGGGCACUGGACCACAGGGUGCACCAUAAGUACAGCGAAACCGAUGCAGACCCCCAUAACGUGAAACGGGGUUUUCUUUUCGCUCACGUGGGUUGGCUCUUCAUCACACCGCAUCCUGAUGUUAUUACGAAAAGGAAGGCUGUGGAUAUGAGUGAUUUGGAAGCUGAUCCUAUUGUCAUGUGGCAGAAAAGACUGUACAUACCCCUAUUUGUUCUGCUAACCAUCGUAUUUCCGGUGGCAGUGCCAUGUUACUUCUGGUCAGAAUCACUAUGGAUAUCCUUCUGGGUGAAUUUCAACUUCAGGUUCUGCGUUACUCUCAACAUUGCGUUUUUUGUAAAUAGCGUUGCUCAUAUGUGGGGUCAGCGACCUUAUGACAAAUACAUCUCCCCGGUGGAGAACGUCGCAGUCUCAAUCGCAGCCCUGGGCGAAGGCUGGCACAACUUCCACCAUGUGUUCCCGUGGGAUUACAAAACGGGAGAGCUAGGGAACUACUCACUAAACAUCACUACGGCGUUCAUCGACUUCUUCGCGUGGAUCGGUUGGGCCUACGAUUGCAAAUACGUGUCGCCAGCGAUGGUUCGACGAAGAGCGAACAGAUCCGGCGAUGGCAGCCAUGUUUGGGGAUAUGGCGACGCCGACAUCCUACCUGAAGAUCUUGAGGAAUUAGAAAUGAUGAACAAGAAGCGAUGACUGUGAACGUACAAUACUACAACUUUCUUGUACUUGCAAUUCUAACUUGCAAUUUAAAAAAUAAUUCGGGGAAUGUGUUUUGUUUCAAAAACAAAGUUCGUGUGGUAUGCUUCGAAGAGAAUUAGUCAAGUGAACUCUUUAUUGAAAAACGCUGAUUUUCUUCGAGAUUGAAUGUUGAACUUUUGAGGAGUGACAGUGAACAAAAUAGUUUAUAUUUUUAUGUAGAUGUGCAUAAAAAUUAGGAACGAACAAUAUUCUUUGGUAUUGUUUAAGGAGAAUACUUGUGUCCACUGCCAGAGAAGUUUACGCAGAUUGUAAGAAAGAUACCUCAACAGAUGUUAUUUAUUAAAUUGUAUAUCUUUUUUAUUAAAGGAUUUUCUGUUACA